AUGAGUAAGCCUGGCCAGAUUCACUGGGAAGCGGUGAAGUGGCUGUUGCGAUACAUCAAAGGAGCUAUUGACAUUCAGCUGGUUUACUCAAAGGAUGAGGAUUUGUCAGUUCAAGGUUUUUGCGACUCUGAUUAUGCUGCAGAUUUGGAUAGGAGCAGAUCCAUUUCAGGUUAUAAGUUUACAGUUGGUGGAAACGUUAGUGCAAUAUGUUUGUCUAAGAACAGAGUGUUUCACGAGCGUACGAAGCACAUGGCGGUGAAGUACAAUUUCAUCAGAGACAUCAUUGAAGAAGGCACGGUUGAAGUAGUGAAGAUACACACUAGCCGGAAUCCAGCUGAUAUUUUGACGAAAGUGGUUCCGGUGAGUAAGUUCAGGGAAGCUUUGGACUUACUCAGAGUCAGAGCCUGA